AUGACCCGCCUGCUCAAGACGCGGUGGAAAGACCCUGCCCAGGACCGGCGGAAAGACCCUCCCGGACCCCGGGGGAAAAGAGACGCCUCCCGGGACGCGGGGAAGAGACGACUGCCCAGGACCCCCGAUGACCGCCUGCUCAAGACGCCCCGGGAUGAGCCGUCUCUAAAGACCCCGGGACGCGCCGGAGGACGCCUGCUAAAGAGGGGGCCCCCGGAUGAGCCGCCUGCUCAAGGCGGGGGAAGAGACCCCUGCCCGGGCGGGGCGGAUGAGCCGCCUGCCAAACCGCCGGAAAACGCCUCCCCGGGACGGCGGAAGAGCCGCCUGCUGAAGACGCGCCGGAAGAGACGCCUGCCCAGGAGGGCGGCGGAAAGCCCCCCUGCAAAGACGCGGUGGAAGAGACCCUCCCCAGGCCGGGGGAAAACGCCUGGGGAAGAGACGCGCCGGAGGGCCCGCCUGCUCAAACGCGGGGGAAGAGACGCCUCCCCAAACCCGGGGGCGGAAGAGCCCCCUGCUAAAGACCGGCGAAGAGACCCCUACCCAGGACGCGGGGAAGAACCCUGGGGAAGAGACGCGGGGGAAAAAGACGCCUGCUAA